AGAUCUGGGUCUCACACCGCCCCCUCCUUAGCAACCGGGGGCGGGGCGGGCGGGCCGCGCUCCGCCGUUGCCGCGGCAACCGGGCGAGGCGGGCUGUCGCGACAGGCGGCGAUGGCGGGGGUGGCGCUCUGCGAGCCCUGCCGCCUCUACAACCUCCUCAACCAGCACCGGCGGCUCCCGCGCCUGGCCGAGCCCCGCUACCUGUGCCUGCUGGAUGCUCGUACUCAGCGUGAAUAUGAUGAGAGCCAUAUUAUUACAGCCCGCAGGAUUGAAGAGAGUCCUACAGGGGAGUAUCUGGUACCGGAUUCAGAGGAGCUGGGGUGUGUCAGGUACUGUGUGGUAUAUGACUGCGAGACCAGCUCUUUGGAUUGCUGUGACUUUGAGGAAGAGGAGAAAGAAGAAGGCUUCAAAAAUCCAGAUUUUAUUUCAAAGUGUCCUGGCAGACCUGGUUUCCUAGGGAGCAGUACUUCUCUAAAGACUGAAAACACUGGCUCAAGUUCCAUAUGUUCACAGAAUGCUGAAGAAGGAACUGCUGUCCACUAUGCCAGAAGCUUACAGCAGUUCACCCGCCAUCCUGUGCUCAUCCUGAGGGGAGGAUACAAGCGUUUUUCAGCUUGCUAUCAUUUUCUGAGGACUCAGAAGAUAUUGUGGAUGCCUCAGGAACUAGACAACUUCCAGCUAUACCCUGUAGAAAUACUGCCUGCAAAGUUAUAUAUGGGCAAUUUCAAGCAGGCCUGUGACCAACAAAUUCAGAAAGAUCUGAAGAUCAAAGCACAAGUCAACAUCUCUGAACAGCCCACCACAUUGUUUGCAGAAGGCGGCAAAUACCUCCAUAUAUCUGUUCCAGAUUCGCUCGAAGCAAAUCUUUUUUCUUCUUUUGCCACUGUUUGUCAUUUUAUAGAUGAUCAGCUGGAUUGCGGAGCAGUGCUGGUGUUCUCCAGCCUGGGGAUAAGCCGGAGCAGCACAGUAACCAUGGCCUAUCUUAUGCAUUCCUGCCAGUUUUCCCUGAAGAGAGCUUGGGACUACGUUCUGAAAUGCAAAAUGAACAUGAGACCACACCGGGGCUUUGUGAAACAGCUCUCAGACUGGGAGGCCCAAAUCUACGGGACCACGAUCACAGACAUCUCUGAACCAAAUUACUGACAGAAGUCCCUCGGCUCUGCGUGCGCCUUCUCAGCUACCCGCAGGCACGGACGCAGCCUCUUGCAGACUCACUGGUUGGAUUGUCUGGCAAGACCACGCUUCCCACUUGCCACCUUCUAAUAGACCAACCGAACCUCUUGCCGAGGCUGGUCAUUUUGAAGCAUCAAUCCUGUUCCGGGAAACUGCACUGUGAAUUCUUUGCAGUCGCAAAAUAAAGCCAAACGUUACAGAAAA